GGGCGAGCGGAGGGGCUUUGCAGCGGCCGCCGCCGCGGGAGGAGGGGGUUGAGCUGGCUCCGGAGUUGGCCAAAGAAGGUGGGCAUUUCUCGCUUCUCCUCGCCUCCCCCGCCCCCUCCUGGGCUCCCCUCCCUCCCGCCCCGCACCCCACGUGAAGCGGAAUAUAAAGGGGGGUGUGUGACUGGAGGGGAAAGUGAAUGGCGAAGGACUGAAGGGGUCCCCCUUCGGUUCCCCAGCCACCUGGUUCACCCGGUUCAUCCUCCCUUCCCGAAGCUAGCCCUCGAAGGCACGAGCAGCCGGCGCCUUCGGCAGAGGAGGAGGAGGAGGAGGGAUCGCGUCGGGCGGAGCUUCAGGUCCUGUUCGCCUCUCCGGCUUCUCCAUACAAAGAUUACGGUGCAGAAGGAAAUUGCACUCGCCUCCUCCGCCCCCCGGUACCCAGCACAAUGCACCAGCCGCCAGAGUCCACCGCCGCGGCGGCCGCUGCUGCAGACAUUAGUGCUAGGAAGAUGGCGCACCCGGCAAUGUUCCCUCGAAGGGGCAGCGGUGGUGGCAGCGCCUCUGCUCUCAGUGCAGCAGGUACCGGCGUCAGUGGUGCUGCUCCAUCUUCUGAAGAUUUUCCUCCUCCUUCUUCGCUGCUCCAGCCGCCGCCUCCUGCUGCAUCUUCCACACAGGGACCACAGCCUCCGCCUCCACAAAGCCUGAACCUCCUUUCACAGGCUCAGCUGCAGGGACAGCCUCUUGCGCCAGGCGGAACUCAGAUGAAAAAGAAAAGUGGCUUCCAGAUAACUAGCGUUACUCCGGCUCAGAUCUCUGCCAGCAUCAGCUCGAACAACAGCAUAGCAGAGGACACCGAGAGCUAUGACGACCUGGAUGAGUCGCACACGGAAGAUCUCUCUUCUUCCGAGAUCCUUGAUGUCUCCCUUUCCAGGGCCACUGACUUAGGUGAGCCUGAACGCAGUUCCUCCGAGGAGACUCUGAAUAACUUCCAGGAAGCUGAGACACCUGGGGCAGUCUCUCCUAACCAGCCCCACCUUCCUCAGCCUCAUUUGCCUCACCUUCCACAACAGAACGUUGUGAUCAAUGGGAACGCUCAUCCACACCACCUCCAUCACCACCAUCACAUUCAUCAUGGGCACCACCUUCACCACGGACACCACCAUUCAUCACAUGCUGCUGUGGCCAGUACAUCCGUUCCUGGAGGGCCACCACCCACGAGCCCCGUGUCCAGGAAACUCUCUACAGCUGGGAGUUCUGACGGUGGUGUGCCAGCCCCACCUGCUUCUGCUGUAUCAUCGGCUGGCUUACCUGCCUCAGUGAUGACGAGCAUCCGUGCUCCGAGCACUCCAGGCAGCAUAGGUGUAAAUUCAGUUACCGGCACGAAUGCAACGAAUAAUGUUAACGUUGCUGCUGUGGGUGGUUUCAGUCCCGGCGUGGCGAACAGCGUGCAUCCCAAUGCGGUUAGCAUAAGCGGUGGGCCUGGAGUGACCAGCGGUGUUAAUGUGAAUGUCUUGAGUGGCAUGGGCAACGGUACCAUUUCUUCUCCUGUCCUUAACGCAGCUGCAGGUAUCACGGUGGGAGUGGUUUCAAGUCAGCAGCAGCAGCAGCAGCCGCAGCAGCCGCCGCCAACAGUUAACACAUCAAGGUUCAGAGUUGUGAAGUUAGACUCUACUUCUGAACCCUUUAAAAAAGGCAGAUGGACUUGCACUGAAUUCUAUGAGAGAGAAAAUGCUGUGCCAGGUCCAGAAGGCGUGGCCAUAAAUAAAGUGGUGGAGACCGUGAAGCAAACCCCCACGGAAGCGUCCUCUUCGGAGAGGGAGAGCACUAGUGGGAGUUCCGUGAGCAGUAGUGUCAGCACACUGAGUCACUACACAGAGAGUGUGGGAAGCGGAGAGAUGGGAGCCCCUACUGUGGUGGUGCAGCAGCAGCAGCCGCUACCACCAGCACCACCAGGUCUUCAAGGCGUGGCCCUCCAACAGCUAGAUUUCAGUAGCCCUGGUCCACAGAGUAUUUCUCAGUCACAGAUGUCACAGGUACAACUACAGCCUCAAGAAUUGAGCUUUCAGCAGAAGCCAAGUCUUCAACCUGUUCCUCUGCAAGCCACUAUGAGCGCAGCAACUGGUAUCCAGCCUUCACCUGUCAACGUGGUGGGUGUAACGUCAGCUGUAGGUCAACAGCCUUCCAUUUCCAGUCUGGCUCAGCCCCAGCUGCCGUAUCCUCAGCCAGCUCCUCCCGUGCAAACUCCUCUUCCAGGGGCACCACCCCAGCAGUUACAAUAUGGGCAACAGCAACCAAUGGUUCCUACGCAGAUAGCCCCAGGCCAUGGCCAGCCAGCAACUCAAAACCCUCCUUCAGAGUACGCACAGCAGCAGCCAAUGUUCCAAGCGGCAAUGUCCUCUGGACAGUCCAGUUCCACAGGCACAGGAGCGUCAGUGAUUCCCGUGGCUCAGCCACAAGGGAUCCAGCUGCCAGUGCAGCCCACAGCAGUACAAGCACAGCCUGCAGGGGCGACUGGGCAGCCCAUUGGCCAGGCUCCAACAGCAGUGUCUACUGUACCAGCUGGUGGUCAGAUUGCAAGUAUCGGUCAGCAGGCAAACAUACCCACUGCAGUACAGCCACCCUCUACCCAAGUUACACCUUCAGUUGUUCAGCAAGGUGCUCCUCCAUCUUCACAAGUAGUCCUACCUGCUCCAACUGGGAUCAUUCAUCAGGGCGUUCAAACCAGUGCUCCAAGCCUUCCUCAGCAAUUGGUUAUUGCACCCCAGAGUACCAUGGUAGCGGUGCCUCCCCAGACACAGGGAGUGGAAGCAGUGGCUCAUGGAGUUGUUUCCCACCAGUUGCCCACAGGUAGUCCUUUGCCCUCUGCUAGCACCAUUUCUGUUACAAGUCAGGUUAGUUCAGCUGGUCCUUCUGGAAUGUCUUCUGUCCCAACAAACUUAGUUCCACCACAGAAUAUAGCACAACCCCCAGCCACCCAAAAUGGCAGUUUGGUUCAAAGUGUUAGUCAAUCUCCAUUGAUAGCCACUAACAUAAAUUUGCCUUUGGCACAACAGAUACCGCUAAGUUCUACUCAGUUCUCUACACAAUCAUUAGCUCAGGCAAUUGGAAGCCAAAUGGAAGACACCAGGCGUCCAGCGGAGCCCUCCUCAGGCGGCUUACCUCAGACUCUCAGUGGUGACAGUGGGGGAGUGUCAGCAGUCUCAGAUGGGAGUAGCAGCAGCCUAGCAGCCUCUGCUUCUCUCUUCCCGUUGAAGGUGCUACCGCUGACAACACCCCUGGUGGAUGGCGAGGACGAGAGCUCUAUUUCAGUGCUUCUCUCCUACCAGAGGUGCAAGGAGUGAUCCUAGAGCCACAGAUACAGCCAAGACCACGGGGAGCUUUGACGUCAGGGCUCCACUUUCUCCACUGAGCCCUUGGAGACAGAAUACCCAGCUUCUGGAGAGAGUGGGAAAGGAUAAUAAACAAGUGGGUGCUUUCCGUUACUUACUGGGGUUUAUCUGUAGAGUGGAGUGUCUUUCCAUUGCCCAUUUAUUCUGUUGGUGAUCCCCUUGGCUUCUUCCCAGAGCCAGGUGCGACUCUGUGUUUCCUGAGAGAACUGUCUAGUGCCCAUUCACAAAACAACCGCAAAUCUAUUUAUUUCCUCUCCAGAUAAUUAAUGCAGUGGCUAAUCUGGGGCACACACAGUUUGUUCCAUGCCUGUGUAGUUCACAGGAAUUAAAGAAAGGCAGUCAUUUUCUGCAUGGGCCUUUAUUGUAACAGUGGACUUGAUAGAGUUCUUGUAGAGUCCGGAAAUUGAAGUUUCUGUGCUUCAUCUUUGAACUAGACACCUGAAAUCUCUAAACUUAUAUAGUUGAAUAUUCAGGUGUCACCCUGGCCUGUUAGUGAGGGUAUUUUGGUCUUUUUUUCUACCUUAAGUGUUAGGCCUUCACACUCAGUCUCUUAGGAGAUGGAAUUUUAGGACUGUUGUGGCUUUACUGUCAAAUGUAGGCUUCAUUCUUUAAGACAAUAAAUAUGAACGAAUAUAAGUUUCAGAAGUUAAUGUCCCUGAAAGCUAUGUAAUCAAGUUUUCUAGUCCCUUGGAAUGUAACUUAUGCCAACACUGUAUUUUUUCCUAGGGCAUUAAGAUGGUUCUUUCUUAGUUUCUCUGAUGCCAGGGGUAGGGUGUGAGUCCAGGCAUUUCUUACCAUCUGCAGUGGGUAGAAUGUGAACUUGGUGCCUUGGCAAGUUUUCAUUGUUUCCUUGGUGGCUUCUUCUGUGACUCCAGGUAUCUUGAUAAUGGGAGACCGGUUUAUUUGUUCUCUAAUUGCCCAGAUUUCUUUCAACUGGUAAAACAUCAUACCUCUUCAGCAAAAGGAACUCCUCUAGCAGAGCCCUCAUGGAUGAUAUCUGUCACACAUGGCAGCACCUGCAGUUUGGAAGGCAGUGGUGAAUGGAUCCAUGCAAUAUGUCUAGAAGACACAAGGAUGAGCCAACCACCUGAUCUUGUUACUUACAAACUUUUAAGAUUUACUCUGGUUUACUUUUGGUCUGAAAAUGGAAAGGCUCAAGUAAUGAAGUAAUCUUUUCAUUUUGGAGUUUUACAUGGCCAUGAAAAUAUUUCUUAUUCUGAAGACUGAAAUAGAGGAAGCUUGAGAGUCUUGUCUUUCAAAGCAGCUCUCUGUAUCCGUUUCACUUAAAGAUUUGUGGAACUGAAAAUCAUUUUAAUCACAUAGGCAACCCCCACUUUAAAAAGUAGCGUAAAAAAAAUACAGAAAGCUUGAGGAACCCUUCUACCACCUCCUCCUUUGUCACCCAGUGCUAAAGGGGACAGCAAAUAAAGGGUGAGCUCGAGUCUUAGUGUUAGGAUGUACUCUUGGCUCAUCUCUUGCUGGCCCCGAGCCUUAUUUUUGCUGUAAUUUAUCAAAUGAUGAAAGCUGUGGAGCUGUCUUCUGUGUUCCUAGGCAGUAAAUAAACGCCUGCUAGGGUUUACGCUGCACUGACGGCGUCCUGCCGCUGAGUGAUGGAGCAGAGGUGCCCGUCAGAAAGAACCUGUAGGUGUGAGUGGUCUUGAGGUACUUGUCCAAAUUACCAAUUGGCAGAGGCUGUCAAAAUGACAUUUCUUUCUUUGGUUAUCUAGUAACUGGCCAGUCAAAACUAUUGAAGAAAACCAUGACAGUCACCUGAUACUGCCAGUUCCUUUUAAGUUAGAGUAAGUUUUAAGAAGAGAAAUUGUAGAAUUAAUAAUAGGACUACUAAAAUGUUAGCCUCUUAAAAUUUAAGACUAUCAGCUAAGAGAUAAUCUACUUUUAGUCUUUCUUGGCUAUAAGAACUAUUUCUUAAUUAUAAAUCAUUUUUUAAAAGUAUAAUGCUUAAAAAGUAGAUAUUAAAGAUAAUUUUGAACGAAAAAAUUCCCCAUGGAACUCUGAAUUCCUGUAGAAUGAUUACAGCUUUGUAGUCCUGACUUAAUAAGAUAAUUCACAAGUGCAUAUAAACGAAAAACAAAUGAAUAUUUUAGAAGGAAUUCAGAACUGAAAGCAAGAUUUACAUAGAAAUCCUGUGGCAUUCUUUAAAGCACAGUACAACCCAUUUUAUGGCCUGAGUCCACUAGCCUUUUGUCUUGGCACUGAAGACAAAGUGAUUUAACCUUGGAAUCUCAAGCUUUAAUGAAUUUCAGCUCUGUCCCUUAAAGUAUGCAAAUGAGAUGUAAGUUCAUAUCCACUCCCCAUCACUACAAGCUACUGCAAAGGGAAACUGUGUAUCACUGUGAACUGUUUUGUUUGGAUUUUAAUUUUGAUGCAUUUUCUUUUUAGAUUCUUAAAGAACAUUUUCGUGUCACAAUAUGCAAUCUAUAUCUUUCCAUGUUUACUUUAUGAAUAUUAAUAUAAGUGAUUUUUCUCUAGAAUGAUAUAUUGUGUAAUAUUUGUAUUAUGUGAUCAUUUGAAAACUAAUAAAUAUUUUCUCCAUGAAAAAAA